AUGAAACAAAAUAUUGGAUAUUACAAAUUAAUUGAAGAUUUAAUAUUUUUAAAUAAAUUAUAUAAAAAAUAUAAAAUUGAAGACAAUAUGUCUUGGAUUGAAAUGUUUGUACAAUUAAAUAGAAAUUAUUAUUUAUGGCCAACAAUUGAUUAUCAAGCAUCUUUCUUUGUUGAUGGUUAUUAUAAAUGGGCAUUUAAUUCAUUAGCUAUUUAUGGAGGAAUUAUGCAUUCACCUUGGUUUGACCCAACAUUCCCCGAACCUUUAAAUUUUGGAGGUAUUGGAACUUUAUUAGGCCACGAAAUUUCUCAUGGAUUUGAUUCUUCUGGUUUUCAUUUUGAUGAAAAUGGAGAUAGAAUUGAUGAAAGGGAUGUAGAUAAAGAGAUGAAUAAAAAAAUGGAAGAAAAAUUUGAAUGUUUUAUUAACCAAUAUAAUAAUUAUGAGAAUAACAAUUUACGUCCAAAUACUCGUUUUACAUUAUCUGAGAAUAUUGCAGACAAUGCAGGUAUUCGGGCCUCAUAUAAAGCUUGGAAAUUAUUUACAACUUCUCCAAAAAAGAUUAAAAAUUUAAACAAAUCUUUAAAUCAAUUUACUGACGAACAAAUAUUUUUUAUUGGAAAUGCUUUUACUUAUUGUUCUGUAAUGACUGAGGAAGAUAAAAAUAAUUAUGCAAAAACAGAUAAUCACGCUUUCCCUAAAGCAAGAGUUAAUUUACCUCUGAGUAAUUUUCAAGCAUUUGCAAAAGCAUUUGAAUGCAGUUCUGGAACAAAGAUGAAUAAUAAUGAACAAAAAUGUCAACUUUGGUAG